AUGGAACUGUGGGGAUGCGAAGGUGGUGGUGGUGGUGGUGGUGGUGGAGAUGACAAUGGUGACGGUGGUGGAGGCGAUGGUAACCGUGGAGGUGGCGGGGGCGAAGGUGGUGGUGGUGGUGGAGAUAACAAUGGCGAGGGUGGUGGAGGCGAUAGUAACCGUGGAGGUGGUGGGGGCGAAGGUGGUGGUGGUGGUGGAGAUGACGAUGGCGAAGGUGGUGGAGGUGGCGGGGGCGAAUGUGGUGGUUGUAGAGAUGACAAUGACGAGGGUGGUGGGGACGAUGGUAACCGUGGAGGUGGCGGGGACGAAGGGUGUGGUGGUGGUAGAGAUGACAAUGGUGAGGGUGGUGGAGGCGAUGGUAACUGUGGUGAAGGUGGUAGGGGCGAUGGUAAUUGUGGAGGUGGCGGGGGCGAGGGUGGUGGUAGGGAUGACAAUGGCGAGGGUGGUGGAGGUGAUGGUAAUCGUGGAGGUGGCGGUGGUGGAGUUAAAUCUAUAGGUGGUGGGGGUGAGGGUGAUGGACUUAAAUCGCUUGAUGAUGAUGAUGGUGAUGGACUUAAAUAUUUAGAUGAUGGUGACGAUGAAGGUGACGGUGGUGAUAAAUUUAAAUUUUCAUAUGACAGUGACGGUGGUGAUAGACGUAAAUCUUCAGAUGACGGUGACGGUGGUGAUAAACUUAAAUCUUCAGAUGACGGUGAUGGUAGUGAUGGACUUAAAUCUUCAUAUGGCGAUGAUGGUGACAGUGGUGAUGAACUUAAAUCUUCAUAUGGCGGUGACGGUGGUAAUGGACUUAAAUCUUCAGAUGACGGUGACGGUGGUAAUGGACUUAAAUCUUCAGAUGACGGUGACGGUGGUAAUGGACUUAUAUAUUCAGAUGGUGGUGAUGGACUUAAAUUUUUUGAUGAUGACGGUGAUGAUGGAUUAAAAUCUUGA